AUAUCAGUCAAAGUUAACACUGAUCACAGAACAGUGGUGUCUACAGUCAAGAUAAUUUUCCGGUACUUUAUGAUCUUUGCUUUUUCCGCUGAUCUAGUGUGUAUUUCUUAAUUUAAGCUUGAUCUGCUGCUAGGAUGUGUUCUACAAUUGCUCUUAACAACGGAUUAAUAGUACCUGUUAUAGGACUAGGAACUUGGCAAGGCGUUGAUAGUCCAAAAGAAGUAGAAAAAGCAGUAAGGUUUGCAAUCGACGCUGGUUAUCGACACUUUGAUUGCGCUGCUAUUUAUGGAAACGAAAAAGAGAUUGGAAAAGUACUUCGUGAAAAAAUCUCUGAUGGAGUCGUCAAAAGAGAAAAUCUUUUUAUUACUACGAAAGUUUGGAAUGACGACCACAAAGAGGAACAAGUAGUUAAGGCUUGCAAGAAAUCCUUGAAAAAUUUCGGACUGGAUUAUGUUGAUUUGUACUUAAUACACUGGCCCGUCUGUGAUUCGGAUGAUGUUGAUUACGUCGAAACCUGGCGCGGAAUGGAAAAAUGCGUCGAAUUAAAUUUGACGAAGAGCAUCGGUUUGAGUAAUUUUAAUUCCGAACAAGUCAACAGAAUUUUAAAAGUUGCGAAAAUUAAGCCAGUAAUGAACCAGGUUGAAUGCCACGUGAAUUUGAAUCAGAAAAAAUUGAGAGACUUUUGUAAAGAGAGAGGAAUUGCAAUUACCGCUUACAGCCCAUUUGGAGCUCCCAACACUCCGGGAUCAAAUGCUGGAUUCAAAUCGACUGAAAAAGUGGCACUCGAUUCUCCAAUUAUUGAGCAGAUUUCGAAAAAGUAUAAUAAAUCGAAAUACCAAGUCGCCCUGAGAUAUCUGAUUGAUAUUGGAACCAUUCCGAUUCCAAAAUCUAGUUCUGAAAGUAAUAUCAAGGCCAACUUUGACGUAUUUGAUUUCAAAUUAACGCUGGAGGAAGUUGAAGAAAUUGAUAAACUCGAUUCUGGGAAACGAACAUGCCCUGCAUUUCAAUACAAAGGAUUCAAAUACUACCCAUUUGAUGCAGAGUUUUGAAGAGAUACAAUGAAGUAUACCUAGAUAUAUGUUCUGAAAUCGAUUUAUUAUUUUCACUUAAUAAUAUUUUUUAUAUAUAAUUUUAAGUACGGUUCAAUUUAAGAAAAAGAAAGGAAUGUAUUACAUAUUUUAAUAAAAC